GAAGUAAAAAUAUAGCAAUAUUAUAUUCUUAUAUAUAUUUUUUCUAUGUUUAUAUCAUGAUGACACAAUCAACGGUCCGUCAUAAUUUUUCGAUUUUCAUAUGAGUUAUGAGUGUUGAGUUUACGACGCAUCUCUUAAACUUGGUGCAUUAUCGUUUUUGUUAUCUUACUACAAGGUCCGGUCUUUUGAUCGGAUGACAAGUUAAAUACGCCUCAAAAUCGUCGCUCGCUGUGCCCAAGUGUCAAAACAUGGCUUCGUCGCCAUCAUGGGAAGAUUUGAGAAAACAGGCUAGAAGGCUGGAAACAGAAAUUGACUCCAUGUUAGUAUCAUUAAGUAAAAUAAGUACUAAUAAUCCUAUGAUGUAUAGUGACGAUGAAUCACAGUUGUUGUUGUCUGAUGAUCGAUUUGAAACUGCCACAUCUGAAAUUGAAGAGCUGCUGUCUAAGCUUAAUACAGUCAAUGAAAAAAUGGGCGAAUGGAAUUCCAAUGGAGAACAAUCUACAGUUUCACAAAACAUGCAUACUGUACAGCGCCACAGAGAUAUUUUACAAGAUUAUACUAAAGAGUUUCAAAAAAUACAAUCUAAUGUUAGAGCUCGAAGGGAAAGGGAAGAUUUGCUGCAUAGUGUUCGGCAGGACAUUGAUGGCUACAAGAAUUCUGGAACAAAAAACAGGCGUAUGGAUUUGUAUGUUAAAGAGCAUGAACAUGUACGUAAUUCAGACCGUUUAGUAUCAGAUCAGAUUGCAAUUGCAAUGGAAACUAGGGAACACUUAGUGUCGCAACGGCAUCAUUUUAAACGUUUACAAUCUAGACUUCACGAUUUAUCAAGUAGAUUUCCUGCUCUCAACACCCUAGUACAAAAAAUUAACAUGCGUAAAAAACGUGAUUCUUUAAUAGUUGGAGGAGUUGUUGUUAUAUGUACUUUUAUAAUACUCUUGUACACUUUUCAUUAGGAAGAUUUUCAAAUUGGUGGUUAAUAUAUAUAUAUAUAUAUAUUAUAUAUACAUGGGUAUUAAUACGAAUUUUGUUUUUAAAUAAUUACAAAGAAAUUUAUUUUACUUGUAUAAUAUAUUUUGUUUUAAUUAUAGUUAAUUGUAACAUUAUUCUUAGUUAAUAAAAAUUGAUAUAUAAACCUAGUGGUCUAAAAAUCAUAGGGCAGAGCUUUGAUCUCGCUUUGACAUUCAUCAUAUAUAUCUGUAUAAUUUUCAUGCUUUCUAAUAAGUACCAUGACUGCAGAUCUUUUAACACCCAGUAAUGAACCCAAAUCUUCGCGCGACGGCACAUAACAGUAUGGCAGAUUUUUUGUUUCACAUACACCAGGCAUAUGGCUCAUGAUAUCAAUUGGUGAAACAUCGCCAGCAAAAAUUACCAAGCCCGUUUCGCCUCUUCGGAUUCUUCGUUGCACUUCUUUCAGGCCAACUCUUAAAUAAGUCUUUUCUUUAUGUGCUAUAAUAAAAAUACACUGUUAAUCAUUA